GGUAAUCGUUAUCGAAACGCAUUAUUGGUGGCAUUAUUUAUUUUUGCGAUUUAAUAAGUUUUAGUAAAAUACUUGUUGGUUGGAUAAGUUGAGCAGCACGCAAAGCAGAUUUCAGCCAUGGAGCGUCCACAGAAGAUGCCCAAGGUGGCCAAGGUGAAGAACAAGGCGCCGGCAGAGGUGCAAAUUACAGCGGAGCAGCUGCUCCGCGAGGCCAAGGAGCGGGACUUGGAGAUCCUGCCGCCGCCGCCGAAGCAGAAGAUUUCCGAUCCCGCCGAGUUGGCCGACUACCAGCAGCGGAAGCGCAAGACCUUUGAGGACAACCUGCGCAAGAACCGCAUGGUGGUCAGCCAUUGGAUUAAGUACGCCCAGUGGGAGGAGCAGCAGCAGGAGAUACAGCGGGCACGCUCCAUUUGGGAGAGGGCGCUGGACAAUGAGCACCGGAACGUUACCCUCUGGCUAAAGUACGCCGAAAUGGAGAUGAAGAACAAGCAGGUCAACCAUGCCCGUAAUCUGUGGGACCGGGCGGUGACGAUUAUGCCGCGGGUCAACCAGUUUUGGUACAAGUACACCUACAUGGAGGAGAUGCUGGAGAAUGUGGCCGGUGCGCGUCAGGUGUUUGAACGCUGGAUGGAGUGGCAGCCGGAGGAGCAGGCCUGGCAAACCUACGUCAACUUCGAACUGCGCUACAAGGAGAUCGACCGGGCACGCGAGGUCUACGAGCGGUUUGUCUAUGUGCACCCAGACGUUAAGAACUGGAUAAAGUUUGCCCGCUUCGAGGAGUCGCACGGGUUUAUCCAUGGCUCGCGGCGGGUCUUCGAGCGGGCCGUGGAGUUCUUCGGAGACGAGUACAUCGAGGAACGUCUGUUCAUAGCCUUCGCCCGUUUCGAGGAGGGCCAAAAGGAACACGACAGGGCGCGCAUCAUCUACAAGUACGCGCUGGACCACCUACCCAAGGAGCGCACGCAGGAGCUGUUCAAGGCCUACACGAUACACGAGAAGAAAUACGGCGAUAGGGCGGGAAUAGAAGAUGUCAUCGUGUCCAAACGCAAGUACCAGUACGAGCAGGAGGUGGCCGCCAACCCCACAAACUACGACGCCUGGUUCGAUUACCUGCGCUUGAUUGAGGCUGAGGGCGAGCGGGAUCAGAUCCGCGAGACCUACGAGCGGGCUAUCUCCAAUGUGCCGCCCGCCAAUGAGAAGAACUUCUGGCGGCGCUACAUCUACCUCUGGAUCAACUAUGCUCUGUACGAGGAACUGGAGGCGGAGGAUGCGGAACGCACGAGACAGAUCUACAAAACCUGCUUGGAGCUAAUACCCCAUAAGCAGUUCACCUUCAGCAAGCUGUGGCUACUCUACGCCCAAUUCGAGAUCCGUUGCAAGGAGUUGCAGCGGGCACGCAAAGCCCUGGGCCUGGCCAUCGGCAUGUGUCCAAGGGAUAAGCUCUUCAGGGGUUACAUUGAUUUGGAGAUACAGCUGCGCGAGUUCGAGCGCUGCCGCCUGCUUUACGAGAAGUUCCUGGAGUUUGGUCCGGAGAACUGCGUCACCUGGAUGAAAUUCGCCGAGCUGGAGAAUCUACUGGGCGACACGGAGCGGGCAAGGGCCAUUUUCGAGCUGGCUGUGCAGCAGUCGCGCCUUGACAUGCCCGAGCUCCUGUGGAAGGCGUACAUCGACUUCGAAGUGGCCCUGGGCGAAACGGAGCUGGCCAGGCAGCUGUACGAGCGACUCCUCGAGCGCACGCAGCACGUUAAGGUCUGGAUGUCGUUUGCCAAGUUCGAAAUGGGUCUCAGACACGGCGAUAGCGGACAGGAUGCGGAGCUUAACGUGCGGUUGGCCAGGAGAAUCUACGAGCGAGCCAACGAGAUGCUGCGCCAGCUGGGAGACAAAGAGUCACGGGUCCUGCUGCUGGAGGCUUGGCGCGACUUUGAACGCGACGCCUCUGACUCGCUGGCACUGCAAAAGGUGAUGGACAAGAUGCCGCGGCGCAUUAAAAAGCGGCAGAAGAUCGUCUCGGACGAUGGUGUCGAGGAGGGCUGGGAGGAAGUCUUCGAUUACAUCUUCCCCGAGGACGAGAUGGCGCGGCCUAAUCUCAAGCUGCUGGCCGCUGCCAAGAUGUGGAAGAAGCACAAAGACGUCACGGAGGACGAAGCGCCUGCGCCACCCAUUACAGCCGAGCCAGAGCCUGCAGCAGAUCCGACUCCGGCGGAAACGACGGCUGGCGGUGACUGACUGGAAACCAGCUAUUCCAUUUCGCAUUAGUCUUUACUUUUCAGCAAAGGAAACUAUCUUUUCUUGGAUAAAUUUUCCCUUUAUGGCCCAACAUCGCAGAAGGAGAACCCACUUAAUAAAACACCAUAUUGACAUUUUAAA